AUGUCCCAUCAACCGAUGCCGUCGGCGUACGGCUCUGCAUCUUUCCCCUCAAGCUCCCUCUACGGCAACGCUCCAAGGGGCGUCAAGGACUACGAGUCCGACGUGUCGGCCCAGCAAGCCGUGCCGCGUGGACCCUGGGACCACUCCGCCUCGGGCUCUUAUGGUCAUCGUCAUGGUCCAGGCCAACAUGACAGGGCCGCUUCGUAUGCACCCUUCGAACCACGUCACCCCUCCGACGUGGACACCUAUCGCGGAUCGGCCCCUCACCCUUCGCAUGGAGGACAACACCAGCACAUGCAUCAUCAUCCCUAUGGCAACCCUCAUGCCGCCGCUCCGAUGUACACUUCGCCCUCUUCACAGGCCGACAUGCACCACAGGCACGUAUCGCGAGCCGCCUGCCUCUCUUGUCGUUCCGCAAAGCGCAAGUGCGACGGCGUCAAGCCCAUCUGCGGGCCUUGCGCGCUGCGUGGCGUAAAGGACGGCGUUCCUCAGGAUGACGGCGGCUGUGUUUACGUCGCGAGCAAACGCGGUGGCCCGCGAUUCAAAGGCAUCAAGGGCGCUGAGGCUACCAAGCGCAAGCUCGAUGAACGCGAGAAGGGUGGCAAGGUCAGGGGCGGCAGAGACUCCAACGGUCACGAAGACUCGACCUCGCUUUCCCCGACCGACCACGAUUCUCACCAUCACACCUCUGCAGGCUCGACACCCCUCGAUGCAAGCAGUGUGCAACCUCAUUCAGCCUUCCACGCACUCGACGGAGCAACGCUGCCUCUGUCCAAUCUCGAUCUCUCCAGAACCGGUCCCGACAUGCUCGGCGCCUCGGCCGUCUCCUCGAGGCCUGGUCUGACCGCAGAACAGUCGACGGAUGCGUUCAACUUCGAACGCGAGAGAAAUGCCCUCACCACGCGCAACUUGUUCCGACCCGACGCAACUGUCGGCGGCGGUCUCUUUGAUGACCUUUCGGCUACCAACUUCGAGAUGCUUCAGAAGCUGUCGGCCAACCAAGCUUCCGUCGGCCUCUCGCUCGCGAGCUUCUACCACAAACUUGAGGAGCUCCCCAAGGCCGGCGUUCUCGGCGCAUCCAUCGUCGACGAGUUUGGCAGCAUCGACGUCGACAUGCCUCAGGCUCUUCUGGAGAUUGAGACCGCCAGCAAGUCGAGCGUAGCUGUCAAUUCGGAGCAGCAGGCGCGUGCUUUGCUGCAGGACUUCUACGAGCUCGUUUACCCGGCAUGCCCUGUCAUGCUGCCGUCGGGCCACCUUUCGUCGCUCGCAUUCCACUUGUCCGAGGACGAGUCUUCGGCGCUGCUCGCAGCCACAUCCGCCUGCGUCGCUCUGCAGCUCCCGCAGAGCGAGGCCAGACGCAUCGUCAAGGGCAGUCUUCUGUUCCACGACCCGGACGACCACGAGACCAAAGCCGAGUUACUCGACCUUGAGCAUGCCUCGCGCGAGGAGAUUGCCGCCUAUCACGCCAAGUCGGCCGAGAAGCUCCUUCUCAAGAAGGUGGCGCUCUUGGCACGCGCGUCCUCCUUCCCGUCCGAGGCGGCCAAGGCGAUGGAAGCCACCAAGUUCCUGCCCAACAGCCGCGGUGCUGGAGCCGGCGAUCUCGAGUUGACCCGAAUCAAGCUCGUUGCCACGCACACCCUCCUCGCGCACUACCACUAUGGCACCUCGAACAGCCGACGUGCGUUCCACCACGCCUCGCAGGCCUGGAACCACGCCCAAGCGCUCAACCUCGACUCAGGCGAGGCGGUCUCGUCAGCACCAUCGUGGUUCAGCCACACGCAAAAGUGCGAAUGGGCGCGACGCGCCUACUGGACCUGCUACACCGCUGCAACGGUCAUGUCGUGCACGGGCGGUUUCAAGCCCCUCACCGUGACCCGCGAUAUGCCUUCCGAUCUCGGCCUGCUUCCCAAUCUGCGCGACGAUCGAUCCAGCUGGAAAGUCCUCGUGCGCGGUGCCCAGUUCGUCUCCCGCUCCUACGCAGCCCUCUACGACCUCGACUCGUACAAAAACCGACCGGAGAACAAGAUCGCCGACCCGGCCAACCAGUCUCGUGACAGACGCCGCAGGUGGGAAGUGAUCUUCGAACGCAUGCAAAAGGUCGACGCGGACGUGAUGCAGUACGCCCGCUCGGACCCGGUGUGGAGCGACGAGAGCUGCUUUGAGCCGAGCGUGGGGCUCUCGCGCCGCACGGUGGAGUUCGAGGAGGAGAACGAAGUUCGCUUGAGCCGCAGUCUGCGCAUUGCAGGCAAGCUUAUGACGAGUGGAGCGUUGAUCAUUCUGCAUAGGGCGCAGGCGUUUGCGAAUGCACGAAUCUUUGUGGCUCCGACGUGCGGCAUUCCCGGUGCCUGCGAGGACAACAGCGAUACGGCGUCGGAUGCGGGUAGUCGCCGGGGCGGACCGGAUCGGCUGUGGCAUAGGGAGGCGGAGGGGCUGCCGCCUUCCGGCAAGGCGACGGCGACGCAAAAUGACGAGCUGGGCAGCAGCAUGGAAGCGGCCCCCGUCACAUCGUCGAGGGCGAUGCGAUCGCGCAGCGCCAGCAGCAUGUCGUCCAGCGGCGCAGGGAGCGUCUCCAAGAGCCUGGUCAGUUCUUCGUCCUCCUCCAUGGGUCCUCCCUCGGUAACAUUCACCGCGUGCGGCAUCCCGGCCAAGUUCAACGGCGGACCCUUCGAACCGUCCGACUCGCUCGACCGCUGUCGCUUCGCGGCAAGCGUCAUGUAUCAGCAGUUGGCGCACAUCAACAAGUCCACCUUCCGCCUCGGUCGUCGCGAAUCGAUGGCCACGCUGCCCGUCGAAACGCACGGUCGGGAGAAUCGCGACCAGUGGUCCGCCCCGUCCCUACCCCCUUUCUCGGCAUGCUCGCUCGUCCUCGCCGCCUACGUCCUGCUCAUGGAAACCCUCCACGCCCAGAUCGCCGCCGGACUCGAGGACAAUCUCGACUUUACAAACACCGACGUCCUCGACGACAACGAGCUGUACCAGCUUUCGCCCAUCCUCCAGCCGGACCCGCAUCGCACCGCCCAGAUCCCCCAGCUCGCCGGUCGCCAGGCUUACGUCCUCGCCAUCAAGCUCCGCAGCUGUAUCCUGCAGAUCGAGUCGGCGUUGGAGAAGUUUAGUCGCGCAUGGGAGAUCGCCAAGGGCUACGCGCAGGAGGUGCGGUUGUUGUUGGAGGUCAAUCAGAGCUUGUUCACCGGCAGCGUGCAGGUCACGAACUGA